AUGAUCCGGUGGGAAAGCUCUGCUCGCAUACCUCAAAAUGAUUCUGCUAAUCCCCGGGGAAACGAUGCUUCCAGCGACAUUGACGACUACCCAGCGAUUCUAGCCAAAUGCAGAGAUACUGCUCAACCUGCAAAAAGCGAUGGUGAUGGUGCUGACGAUGGCGAAGCUUUGAACGUUGAAAAUCUCGACAGCAAAGCGGCUCAGUGUGACGAAUUCUCCCACCUCCUAUGGCUAGAGCCGAUGGAAAUAGUGGUGACCAUAGGAGGCUCUCCUCCAGAUAGGUGCAGAGACUGUGCCGGAUUCUGCGGGGCAAAGUUGACCAGACGCAAGAAGAUUCGUGGAUCAUUUUACACGCAGAUGUCCAAGCCAUUUGAGGAGCUGACAUUGUUGGCGUUCGCUCUAUUUGACCGAUUUGGUAUGCUGAGGCUGAAAGACAACCACAAGGACCAUGCCACCCGAAAAGGCUUGUGUACGUGGGAAACCAGGCUCGGUUAUGGUGACGUUCUGCUCAUUCAAGAUGUCAUCGUCGAAAAGCCCUACCCACGACUAGGGCCGGGGAAGAAAAUUAUUAGAGGUCUGCUAGAGGUCACUUAG